AGGCCCGCCGCCUCCAUUUAAGGAGGGGAGUGCGGCGCUGGCGGCAGUUGCUGUGGUUUCCGUGUUCGGGUGGUUUGGUUCUCUUGGGAGUGUAGGUUCACGGACUUAGUGUCCCGCGUCAGAGUCCAGCUGUCUGUGGCCGCCGAUCUGGAGGUCAGGAGCUCAGCUUCCCUUCUUCGGACCAGCCAGCCCCCUGUAUUGCCUUCGCCAAUUGGUGCCCAUAUUUAGGUCGUCUUCGGCGAGGCUGAGGAGAAGGCCGCCGGCAAGAUGUUCAAAAACACAUUCCAGAGCGGCUUCCUCUCCAUUCUCUACAGCAUCGGCAGCAAACCCCUGCAGAUCUGGGACAAAAAGGUACGGAAUGGCCACAUCAAAAGAAUCACUGAUAAUGACAUCCAGUCCCUGGUGCUAGAGAUUGAAGGAACAAAUGUCAGCACCACGUAUAUCACGUGUCCUGCAGACCCAAAGAAAACGCUGGGAAUUAAACUUCCCUUCCUUGUCAUGAUCAUCAAAAACCUGAAGAAAUAUUUUACCUUUGAAGUACAGGUACUAGAUGAUAAGAAUGUGCGUCGGCGGUUUCGGGCAAGCAACUACCAGAGCACCACCCGGGUCAAGCCCUUCAUCUGUACCAUGCCCAUGAGGCUGGACGACGGCUGGAACCAGAUUCAAUUCAACCUGUCAGACUUCACUCGGCGGGCCUAUGGCACAAACUACAUUGAGACCCUCAGGGUGCAGAUCCAUGCAAACUGUCGCAUCCGACGGGUUUACUUCUCAGACAGGCUCUACUCAGAAGACGAACUGCCAGCAGAGUUCAAACUGUAUCUCCCAGUUCAGAACAAGGCAAAGCAAUAACUGGAAUGCAGCUCAAGGGAUAGACCCUGGAUAUGACUCUUAGUUUAAAAAGGAAACUAUCUGGAGGACAAUGCAAAAAAACAGAUAUUUAUAUUAGUUCACUGUGCUAUGGUUCUUUUACCUACUGCUUGGCAUCCCUUGUGGAUGCCAGUGACUAUGCCAUGCGAUGUAAGUACAGUGGGGGAUAAGUCGUCUUUUGAUACAUGAAUGCUGGAGUUUAUCUCGCUGCCUGCCUUGAUGUGUGGGGAGAUAGAUUUACCACGAACUUACAGAAUUAAAGAUGGUCCCGUAAGGCAGUUUCAGACCAAUAUUUCUUCCUACGGUUUGUUCUUUGUUUUAUAUGUUAUCUAAAUAUAUGUACAUGCUGUGUAGCGCUCAUAAUCUGGAAAUGAAUAAAAUGUUAUAUUCUUGGUUUGUAAA